UUUAGGAAAAAUAUUUCGACACUGACCAAAAUCACAAUACGGAACAAGAAAAAAUUGUAAAAUAUUUUGGGAAUGGCUUAUUACGGUCAACAACAGCAGCCUCCUGCAGGAUAUUAUAAUCAACCGGGUGCUCAACCUUCACAGAAUGAUCCUAAUUUUCUAUGGGGCGUCUUUCAAAGAGUCGAUAAAGACAAAAGUGGUCAAAUAAGUGCUAAUGAACUAAGCUCUGCUCUGUCCAAUGGAACAUGGACACCAUUUAAUCCAGAAACAGUUCGUCUAAUGAUAGGAAUGUUUGACAGAGAUCGUUCUGGAACCAUAAGCUUCCAGGAGUUCCAACAAUUAUGGAAGUUUGUAACAGAUUGGCAGAAUUGCUUCCGUACUUAUGACAGGGAUAACUCUGGAACUAUUGAUAAAAAUGAAUUAAAAACAGCUCUUACUGGAUUUGGGUAUAGAUUAUCAGACAGAUUUUUUGAUAUAUUGGUAGUGAAGUUUGACAGACAGGGUAGAGGAACAAUAGCAUUUGAUGAUUUUGUACAAUGCUGUGUAGUCAUGCAGACUUUAACAAGUGCUUUCCGUGCCUAUGAUACAGACCAAGAUGGCUGGAUCCAGAUUGGCUACGAACAAUUUCUUACACUUGUGUUCAACCUCAAAUCAUAGUUAUAACCUAUGUCUGAAACAUAUACAAAGACAUUGUCUUGUGUAAUACUGCGGUAUAUAAGCACAUUUUUUUUAGGAAACUGUUUAAUUUUUAUAUAUUUCUGUGUAAUUGUGUCUUUAACUGACUGUCAUCAUUGGUGCAGUUGUGUAGUUUUGUGUAAUUUGUUUACUUGCAAGUUAUUUAAUUUUUAUUGACACUACACAAUUAUUUAGUGUAAUCCUUCUAGUUUAAAGGACUGCUUUCAUUUACAAUAUUUAUUAUUUCAUAUGAGUAACAAAAUAUUAUUCUAAGAUUAAUUAUUUUAUUAAUUUUUCAAAUAUCUUGUAAGAGAUGAAAUUCAAGAAAUGUUUGUCUAUUUGAUAAAAAGGACACUUUUCUAUGACAUGUAUCAAUAUCUAAAACAUGAAAAAUGUAUUUUAAAAUAGAGAUCUAACUUUGUUUGAAGAAUAAAUAUGUAUGCUAUAAAUUAUUCAUUUGAUGUCAUAAAAGACGUAAUUUUCAACCUUUGUCCUUAUAGAUAAAAGCAUUAAAAUGAAAAUGUGAUUGAUUAUACUUACUAAUUAUAUUAAUAUUUUUAUACAAACUCAAUAUGAAUUUAAUGAAGACUAUUGUAGCAAUAAUUUUCUUAUAUAUUUUUUUUUGAUAGUCAUUACAAAUCAAUUAGGAUGCUGGUGUAAAGAAAUUAAUGUUCAAAGCUAUAGCUAACAGUGUUUGAUGUAGAAAAUAACAUUAUUGGAAACUCUUCAAAUCCCACAAUUGGAAACCUGAACACAUAUCCCUAGUGUCUGUAGUACUGUAUAGUAUAUAUCUUCCACCCCUCUUUGUCAAAUCCACUUCCUUCCUUGGAAAAUAAAUGUAGAUUAUUCAUGACCAAAUUUGGUAGUUCUUUUAUUUCACUACAGCAAGGCAAUAAUUACUGCAGAAUCAAAAAUAAAUUAGAGUUAAUUUUCAAAUACACCAAAAUUGAUUUCUUAUUUAUACUCGGACAACUUUUUUUUCAUAAAGUUUCUAAAACCUUGUGCCCUAAAAAGAUUAAUGAUGAAAUGUACACAUGGUUUUUAAUUAAUUGAUUUCUCAGUUUUCAGAGUUAUCAUAUGGAAUAUUGCAUCCUCACUAUUAAAGGGGCACCUUUUAGCCAAAUUUCGUUGUUGUGUAUACUGGUAGCUGGAGCAGAUUGUAACUAUUGGCUUUAAUCGUGUGUGUAAAUAAUUGCAAAUUUACAGCAAUUAUGUUUUAUAUUAUUAUGCCCAUUUAUACUGCUGUUCAAGAAUAUAAAUUUUGUGGAGUAAAACAUAUUUUGAUUAUUAUAAAUAUUUUAAAAAAGAAUACGUGCUAGGGAUCUUACCUUACUUUUAAGCCCUUCAUAUUGAAGAUUAUACCUAAUUAUUCUGCUAGAGGCACAUAAUAAGCAGUACUAGAUGGUUAAAUUUUGGAGACUAAAUAGGGGUAGUAAAACUGUGUUUAACUAAACAAUCUGUAAGGACCUUGAUUUUGGAAAUGUAGCUUGUUAAAAAGUUAGUAAGUUUUUUUGUUUUUUUAACAUUGUAAACAUAGACAAAACUGAGAAUUCACUAUUUCAUGCUUAGAAAUACACUUGCUUUAAUGUUUUUUUCUUAUUACUAAAAAUAUUUAAGUAGAUCAUAAUGUUGGGGACCUGUGUUGUUUUUCAAAAGCAAUAUUUUCAAAAUUGAGAGUUCAUUUGAAAACGCAAAAUAGUUUGUCACAAUGGAAAAUAUCUUAAAGGACUUAACACUACAGAACCAAGUAUAUUAGAAAGAUUUUCCCUAAGUAUAUUAUUAUAUGAAAUUAAUAAAUAAAUCCAUGCACUGAAUGUUUGAAAAUAAUUGUGUAAAAGAGUGUCAUUUAGUGCUAGAAUUUAAAUCAGAAAACUGUUUCUGAUAUGAGAACUGAGUGCUGUGUAAUCAAGAAUAAGAAUAGUACUACUACUACGGUAUAUCCUUAAAUUAUUGCAAAACAUUUUUGUAUAUCUAACUUAAUAAAUCAUCUUACUGCUA